UUGUCAAUGUCAGGCGUAAAAAAAACCUAGUGAGUGAGUCGUUUCGUCAAACAACAAAGAAACCCCAAAACCUCAGCAGCAAUGGGCAAAGCCCCCGCCGGCCGCUAUAACAAAAACCGCGGGAAGCAGCCGUCGCGGCUGCGGCCGAAGAAUUCAAUUCGUAAAUCCAAAAGAAAUGACAAACCCAAGGACAAGAAGAAGGACAAGAAGAAGGACAAGAAGAGGAACAGGAAGUAUUUCACCGGCGAUAAUAAGAUCAAAAUCAACGAAAAGAAGAACAACAAUACUAAAAUCGAAUUAGCCCCAGCCGUGAAGAAGAAGAAGGAGGAAAUCAUCUUCGUCCAAUGGGCGAACGUUCUCCAGCAGCGGAGCUUUUUCGUCAACCAGUAUGAAUCAGCCAAUCGCGUUCGUCUCUCCUCACUCGAACUCGAUUCACUACCAGAAACAUGUAUGCUUGAGCUAUGCCAGAGUCCAGCACAAAAUCAAAAUACUACCGGCAAUUUGGGCGAGCAUGUGAAAGUUGCUUUCGGAUCAUCAUGGAAAGAAGUGCUGUGCGGAAAAUAUCUUAAAGCAGGAAAAGUUGAUACCGGGAGUCCUGCACUUCUAGUGAUAAGUGCAUCAGCGUUAAGAUCGUUGGAUUUCCUCAGGGAGUUGCGAAAUUUGACACAAGACUGCCAUCCUGCAAAGCUGUUCUCUAAGCAUAUGAAGGUUGAGGAACAGGUGUCUAUGCUGGAGAAUCGUGUUAAUAUUGCCACUGGAACGCCAAACAGGAUCAAGAAAUUAAUCGAUAUGGAAGUACUUAAGCUGUCCCGAUUAGCAGUAAUUGUGUUUGACAUGCACACAGACGUCAAGGGCUACUCCUUGUUCUCUCUUCCUCAAGUCAGAGACGAGUUUUGGGAAUUGUAUAAAGCCUACUUUCAUCAACCAUGGCUCGAAGGCAAAUUACGCUUCUGUCUCUAUGGUCCAGUACCCAUUAAUUUAGAUGAAACGAAGAGCGAAACCGGUGAUGACUGAAAAUAGUGUUAUACGUCCAUGAUCACUUACGCAUUUUGCUGACCGGCGUAAAAUUGUUGUCGCUAAUAUAUCUUUUACGGUUUUGUUUUAUUUGUAUCUUUUUAUCAUUCUAGUGCACUCAAUUCUGUAUUAACGAUGAAUAAUCUUUUUCAUGAUAUAUUUUUUUUUUUGGUUCAUCUU